AACCCCCACUCUACUCUCUAAUUGUGCCCAACACACAGCCCUCAUGCCUCUCACACUCUCAUCCCCAUAACUCUACCCUUAAAAAAAAUCCCAGUAGUCCUGCCAAGCUCUGACAAACCAUUACUUUCAUGGCAGAAACCAGCACCACCACCAACAACAAAAAUGGAUCACCACUUGUUAAUCUAGCUCAAGACCAUCUCUUUUCAAUCUUGCUCAGACUUCCCAUAGAAUCAAUCCUCUCUUUUGCCAUGAGCUGCAAGAGGUUCAGGUCACUCACCAGCUCUGAUUUUUUAUGGGAGUCUUUAUGCAAAAGGGAUUGGGGGGAGAGUUCAGUUAAUGCCUUCAAGUCUUCAUGUCCGAUUGUUCCUUGGAUGUGGUUGUACAAGCAGGGGUCUCAUCUUGAGUGUGUUUCUUGCCAUAAACUGUCUGACCCAGAUGUUGAUUUGGCCUUGCCUAACCCCAGAGCUUCUCACUCUCUCAACUUUGUGUCUAAUUGUUUGGUCUUGUUUGGUGGUGGCUGUGAGGGAGGACGUCAUCUCGAUGAUACAUGGGUUGCAUACAUUGGUAAUGAUUUUCGAAAGAAGUUGAAUUGGCAAAAGGUUAAUUUGGGCAUUCCUAGUGGGAGAUUUGGGCAUUCAUGUGUUGUGAGUGGUGAUUAUCUUGUUCUUUUUGGAGGAAUAAACGACCGUGGUAACCGUCACAAUGAUACAUGGGUGGGGCAGGUUGCAUGUCAUGAGAACCAUAGUAUCACCUUGUCAUGGAGGUUGCUUGAUGUGGGGUCUAUUGCACCACCACCACGUGGCGCCCAUGCUGCAUGUUGUAUUGAUAAUAGGAAAAUGGUUGUUCAUGGAGGGAUUGGGUUUGAUGGCCUCAGAUUGGGUGAUACAUGGGUUCUAGAAAUAUCUGAAAAUUUUUGCUUUGGGUCAUGGCACGAGGUCAUGACUGUUCCAUCACCUCCAGCCCGUUCGGGACACACAUUGACUUACACUGGGAGGAAUCAGUUGGUUCUAUUUGGUGGGAGAGGAGCGGUAUAUGAAGUACUCAGUGAUCUCUGGUUCUUGGAUGCGUCUGAAGGUUCAUUUAAAUGGGUACAAAUACACUACCAAUUACAGAACGUACCUGAAGGAUCUUCCCUCCCUCGAGUUGGUCAUUCUGCUACGCUUGUAUUGGGAGGUUGGAUACUAAUUCAUGGAGGAGAAGAUUCAUUAAGGCACCGGAAAAAUGACUUCUGGGCGCUGAACACUAAGGCAAUACCAUCCUCUAGAUUGGAGCAAGCUGUGUUGAACUCACCGAAAGUGUGGAAAAGGGUGGACACAGUGGGUUAUAAACCCAACUGCAGGUCGUUUCAUCGAGCCUGUGCAGAUUAUUCAGGGCGUUACUUGUAUGUGUUUGGUGGAAUGGUGGAUGGUUUACUUCAGCCUGCUGAGCCGGCUGGGUUGAGAUUCAAUGGGGAGCUGCUUCUUGUGGAGCUUCUGCCUCUGCUGUAAAAAGGAAAGCUACAGAGCCGAUGCACAUUAUUUGUUGGCUGCUACUGCCUUAUUCUCAUGUCUUGUACACAGUAGUUUUCUCAGGUAUCUCUUUAGCUGCUCUGUGUAUAUCUUUCUUGAAUUGGCUUUAUUAAAAUAAAUGUCAUCUUGUGCUAUUCCUAGAGAACAUCUAAAAAUCCAUGAAAUGUUAGUGUUAGAGAGAAGUAACAGCAAUUUCCCGGGUGGUGUAAUCAUCAUA